UACUCGUGUUUGCCUUUUGUUUGCGUUUCGGACGCCUCGGCCGGGAGUAGACGUCGUCCUCGCUUCGGCCCUCUGCUUUUUCCGUCCCUCAGUCGGAUUUUUAUAAAUUAAUUGACCAAUUUAAAUUUCAUAACCUUUCAGCUCUUGUUUUUUCAGCUCUGCGCCGUUAGAAAAACGAUUUUUUUUUAACGUAGAGGACUUUUCGGCGUGGACGGCGAUUCGGGUUGUGCCUAGAAAAGACCCCUUUUAAAAGAGCCGUACCACCGGAGAGUUUUCUCCAUCUCGUUUGUUUGUACACAGGACGUUUCGCUAUUUUCCCGUUCUGCGUUCUCGUUUCUUUUUUGAGUUUCGCACUUCUCACCGCGCGAAUUGAAAAAGGAAAUGCGACCCUCGCCACCUGGUGACACAUGAGGCGUCUUCUAGUCUGUGUGUGAAUGUGAGAUAUGUGAACAAGCUCGUUCUGAAAGAAUUUUGUGAGUGCUGCGUGUCUGUAAAGAGUGAUUGAGUGAAAGAAUGGCUACAUUACCUGAGCAAGCUUCAAAGCUUCUUGAUUUCGACCAGAAGUUAGACAUAAAUCUUCUGGACAGUAUUGUAUCAUGGAUGUACACUGGAAUUGGGGAACAGCAAAAAGUGGCACAAGAAGUACUAACUAGUCUCAAGGAACACCCUGAUGCAUGGACCAGAGUAGAUGCAAUCCUUGAAUUCUCUACGAAUCAACAAACUAAAUAUUAUGCUCUACAAAUUUUGGAACAGGUGAUUAAAACGAGGUGGAAAAUUCUUCCAAGAAACCAAUGUGAAGGCAUUAAGAAGUACAUAGUAGGGUUAAUUAUUAAAACAUCUUCAGAUCCAGAGGUUAUGGAAAGAGAAAAAACGUAUCUUAAUAAAUUAAACAUGAUCCUCGUACAGGUGCUUAAACGUGAAUGGCCCAAAAAUUGGGAAUCGUUUAUCCCUGAUAUAGUCGGUGCGAGUAAAACAAAUGAAAGUUUAUGCCAGAACAACAUGGUUAUAUUGAAGCUUUUGAGUGAAGAGGUUUUUGACUUUUCAAGCGGUCAACUUACCCAAACAAAGGCAAAACACUUGAAGGACACAAUGUGCCAAGAGUUUUUUCAAAUUUUCCAGCUCUGUCAGUUUGUUCUUGACAAUUCUCAAAAUGCGCCUUUAGUCGGUGCUACUUUGGAAACUCUACUAAGAUUUCUUAAUUGGAUUCCACUUGGGUAUAUUUUUGAAACGGAGCUAAUAAACACUCUUAUUUUUAAGUUCCUGAACGUGCCUAUGUUUAGAAAUGUAACACUGAAUUGCCUGACGGAAAUUGCAGGAGUCAAUGUUGAAGGUGUACCUAAUCAUGAAGAAGUAGUAACAAAUCUUUUUGUACAAACAUUGUUACAACUUGAUCAGAUGUUGCCUCUGAACACCGAUAUAAGACAAUCUUAUGCGGUUGGUCAAGAUCAGGAGCAAAAUUUUAUUCAAAACUUAGCAAUGUUUCUGUGCACUUUUCUUAAAGAGAAGGGGUCUUACGUGGAGAAAAAGGAAUAUAGCGCCCACUUACAAGGAGCUCUUCACUAUCUUGUAUUGAUCUCAGAAGUGGAGGAUGUUGAAAUAUUCAAGAUCUGUUUAGAGUAUUGGAACUUCUUGGCUGCUGAUUUAUACAAAUCUGUCAACACAUACCCACCUUGCACAACAUACUCUCCUAAAUUUUCUGUUAGCAUGGAUGUGUCAUCAAGGAGGCAGUUUUAUUCGGUUGUCCUCUCCAAAGUGCGAUACAUCAUGAUUUCCAGAAUGGCCAAACCUGAAGAGGUUCUGAUUGUGGAAAAUGAAAAUGGUGAAAUUGUCAGAGAGUUUAUGAAAGACACAGAUGCGAUAAAUCUUUAUGUGACGAUGAGAGAAACCCUCGUCUAUCUUACACAUCUUGACUACAGUGAUACAGAGAAAGUCAUGACACAGAAGCUUUGUAAUCAAGUCAUUGGUGUGGAGUGGUCUUGGAGGAAUCUCAACACUCUGUGUUGGGCCAUAGGCAGUAUAUCCGGUGCAAUGGACGAAGACGAUGAAAAAAGAUUCCUUGUUACAGUGAUAAAGGAGUUGUUAGGGCUGUGUGAACAAAAGAAAGGGAAGGAUAACAAAGCAGUAGUUGCCUCUAAUAUUAUGUACGUCGUUGGCCAGUAUCCAAGAUUUUUAAGGGCACAUUGGAAAUUUUUAAAGACUGUUGUUAACAAGCUGUUUGAAUUUAUGCAUGAAACCCAUGAAGGAGUUCAGGAUAUGGCAUGUGAUACUUUUAUUAAAAUUGCUAGUAAGUGCAGACGACAUUUUGUGAUGGUGCAGGUUGGCGAAACAGUGCCUUUUAUUGAAGAAAUUCUGGCAUCGAUUAGUGCUAUUAUUUGUGAUUUGCAAACACAACAGGUUCAUACAUUUUAUGAAGCAGUUGGGUUAAUGAUAAGUUCUGAGGCAGAUCAAGCUACUUUAGAAGCACUGAUUGAAAAAUAUAUGGCUCUUCCAAACGAAGUGUGGGAUGAUAUAAUAUCUAAGGCUUCCAAAAAUGUGGAUGUCCUUAAGGACCCUGAUGUUGUUAAACAACUUGUCAGCAUUUUAAAAACAAAUGUUAGGGCUUGUAAAUCAUUAGGGCAUCCUUAUGUCAUGCAAUUGGGCAGGAUAUACUUAGAUAUGCUAAAUGUAUAUAAAGUGAUGAGUAGUAACAUAACUGCGGCUAUAACUGCUAACGGUGAGGGAAUUACAAAACAGCUGUUGAUUAAAAGUAUGAGGGUUGUGAAGAAAGAAAUUCUUAAAUUGAUAUCAGAUUGGAUUAGUAGAACGAAUGAGCGGACAAUGGUAUUAGAUAAUUUUAUUCCGCACUUGUUGGACGCCGUGCUUCUUGAUUACAACCACUGCAGUAUACCUGCAGCCAGGGAGCCCGAAGUACUCUCAGCCAUGGCCACCAUAGUCAACCAGCUUCAAAUUGACAUAACUCCGGAAAUCCCGAAAAUCUUUGAUGCAGUAUUUGAGUGUACGCUUGAAAUGAUAAACAAAAAUUUUGAAGAUUAUCCUGAACAUAGGACAAACUUUUAUUUACUUUUACAUGCAGUCAAUACAUAUUGCUUCCCUGCAUUUUUAAAUAUACCUCCAGCCCAAUUUAAACUUGUGCUAGACUCGAUUAUUUGGGCUUUCAAACACACUAUGAGAAAUGUAGCAGAUACUGGACUUCAGAUUCUUCGUUUAUUAUUAGUAAACAUCGAUGAACAUAAAGAAGUCGCUCAAAGUUUCUACACUACUUAUUUCACUGACAUUUUACAGCACAUACUUUCCGUUGUAACUGAUACAUCACACACAGCAUGUCUAUCAAUGCAUGCCACAAUUUUGGCACAUAUGUUCAAAUUGGUCAAGACAAGCCCACUGGGUGUCCCACUCGGCACGCCAGGCCCCCGGAAUGUCACCUAUGUUCAGGAAUAUGUCGCAUCAACCUUGAAAACUGCUUUUUCACAUCUAACAGACAAUCAAAUCAAAAUCACAGUCCAGGGAAUGUUUAAUUUAGACCACGAUACCAAGGCAUUUAAAGAACAUCUAAGAGACUUCCUUGUCCAAAUUAGGGAGUACACUGGUGAAGAUGAUUCUGACUUGUUUUUGGAUGAAAGAGAACAGGAGUUAAGGCAAAUAGAAGAGAACAAGAGGCGCAUACAGUUGUUAGUGCCGGGGAUAAUCAAUCCUCACGAUAUGCCGGAAGAAAUGCAGGAUUGCUAAAUUGAGACUCAAGUGGUGAACAUGCUGAAUCAUAACUGAAAUUGUUGAAAGCUAUAAAUGCAUGAACGACAUUGUAUGAGUGUGCUUUAAUGAAAGGUUAAAAGGGAAACAAAGCGACAUGUUUUUUGUUUUUUUAAAUGAGUGAAUGGGAUAAGAGAUCAAUACCGUUACUGUGAAUUCGCCUACUUAUUUGUUAAUAUCAGUUAUUAUUUUAUAAGUUAUUCGGAUAGAGAUAUUAUAUAUAAAAGAGAAGUAGUAAUAAAAAAAGUCAAGAAUGUACAGUCUUUUCAAAAAUCCUCUUAUCUUUUUUGGAAAGAACAUUAAAAAUUACAUGGUAUAGAAUAUUUUUUCAAAAAUAGAAAUUGUAAGCCCUCGUGAUUAAAAGCCAAAAUCACAUUGAUCCAUUUUUCAGUCUAGUUGUAUAGAAAUAUUUGAACAUUGACAACAAACUUUAGCAUUACUGUUCUAAUCAAAGGUGUAGCCAAUCUUUCGAUAUUUUUAAAUAAAAAGUGUUGCUCGUUUCCAGUCUGAUAAUUAUUUUUCUGGCGUAAGUUUUUUGUGUAGUAUUUUCCGAUAAGCAGUACUUUAAAACAGAAGAUGUUGGAUUUGAAGUGGUGGUAGUGUUAUCUCAUUUGGCCCAAUGUCGCCUUAAAUUCGCCCUCCAUGAGGUGCAAUAAACAUUUUCUUUAGUGUCUUUAUGAAAAUUUUAUAUAAUGUAAAAUCUAUUCAGAAACUGUAAGCAGUUUAUAAUUUAGUAUGUAGCUGUUAGGUUAUUUGUGAGAGUGAGUAGUGUAACAACUGUUGUUAAAUGAACAAAUGUUUCUUUUUAGAAUAAUCUCUAGAUCUUGGGGAAACAGUGUUAUUGUUGUUAAAAUUGUAGUCCCGAUUUCUAAUGUGUACCGUUUAUUGUUAUACACUACCAUACUUUGGAAGACUAGUUUGGCUUACAUCCUACUUCCUUCCUCUAUUGCUUAAUUGAAUUUUGAUUUUCUUGAGCAUAUUGAGUUUCUGUUUAGACUUUUGAAUCACUGGAAAUUGCUGAGAAAUUUCAUAAUGUGAGAACGGGAAAUCGUAUUAAAAUAUUCAAAAAUUUCUGUGUAUUUAUGACAUGUUGUUGCUAAUGGUGUCAAUAGACUGAAUGAGUGCUUAACCUCCUAUGAUUCAUUUUAUUUGUUUUAUUGUAACUUUUUAACAAAAUUAAUGGCAUUCAAUAAAAUAAAUGUCAGAAAUGGCCAUGACCAUUUCAGGAAAUAUAA